ACUGAGCUUGAGGCUUUUAAUUUCGUGCCCUUGAAAGCUGCAGGAUCCCCGGACAUUGUACGUGGAAUACAACAUGGCAGCUGACUACAGCAUCGUCACCGGCUACAUCAAAACGUUCAGUGUCGUUGACUACGUGGUAUUUGCGGUGACACUGAUUUUAUCUGCCGCAAUUGGAGUCUACGUGGCCAUCAGAGACCGCAACAACGUCUCCACCAGGGAGUUUCUUUUCGGUGGACGCAAAAUGCAUGUGAUACCUGUGGCUAUGUCCUUGCUGGUGACGUUUCUCUCGGCAUUGACGUUGCUAGGAACGCCAGCCGAAGUGUACAACUACAACACAAUGUUCUGGUGGAUAUGUUUGGGUUAUCUUGUGUCAGUUGCCGGGGCAACGUGGAUUUUCAUACCUUUUUUCUACAAACUUGGGCUUACCAGUAUUUUUGAGUACCUGGAGAUGCGGUUCGGACGGGCAAUGAGACUGGCAGGUUCCCUCACCUUUAUCCUACAAACGAUGAUCUACAUGUCCUUCGUCCUGUACGCACCCUCCCUGGCCCUGAAUGCAGUGACUGGGUUGGACCUGUGGGGCUCUGUGGCUGCCGUGGGCUUGGUGUCUACAAUGUAUACGGCCCUGGGCGGAAUGAAGGCUGUGUUGUGGACGGACACCUUCCAGGCCGGGGUCAUGUUUCUGGGGCUGAUCGCUGUGCUCAUACGGGGUUCCAGCGUCGUGGGAGGAUUCGGGAACGCGUGGUCGAUAGCGCACGAACGGUCCAGAGUAGUGUUUGACGACUUCGACCCUGACCCUUCCACGCGUCAUUCCUGGUGGGCCUUGGUGGUAGGCGGCGGUUUCUUGUGGAUGUCGCUGUAUGGAGCCAACCAAGCCCAGGUUCAGAGAGCUGUUUCCUGCCCGAGCGUCAAGAAGGCGCAGUUAGCGAUGCUGGUGAACAUACCGGGACUCUUCCUCCUCAUCAGCAUUUGCUGCAUGGUCGGAGUCGUGAUGUUCGCCUUCUACUCCGACUGCCACCCCAUCGGCUUCAACAACCUUAUCUCCAGGACCGACCAGCUGGUGCCGCUGUACGUGAUGGACAUACUGGCGGGUACACCUGGAGUUCCUGGCAUCUUCGUGUCCAGCCUGUUCAGUGGCAGUCUCAGCUCGCUGUCCAGUAACCUGAACGCAAUGGCGGCUGUCAUCCCACAAGACAUCGUUAGACCCUACUUCCUUCCUCACCUCACAGACCGGAAGGCCACCAUCAUGUCAAAGGUCAUAGUACUUUUGUCUGGAGCAGUGAUGAUUGUCCUGGCGUUCAUGGUGUCCAAGAUGGGCACGGUGUUACAAGCCUCCUACAGUGUCUACGCCAUCAUCAACGGCCCCAUUUUCGGCGUCUUCGUUCUCGGCAUGAUCUUCCCGUGGGCGAACAACAUUGGUGCCAUUGUUGGUUUCUGCGUUUCAACGUUGUUCAUGUUCUGGGUGGGCAUCGGAGCUUUCGUUACCAAGGCAACCACAAGCGUUAAGUCUCCUGUCCUCACUCAGGGUUGCAACUGGAACGUCACAAACACUACAACGACGGCGGCUGAUCUUUCGACCAUGCCAAGCAGCAACGUGACACAUAGUCUUGCCCAAUCCUCAGAAUCAAGCGACCCGUUCUACAGAAUGUACACGCUCAGCUAUCUGUAUUACACCCCAACAGCCAUGGCCAUCCUCGUUAUCGUGGGACUCAUCGUUAGUCUUAUAACAGGACCCCGAGAACCCUCGAGUAUUGACCCUCGUCUCAUCUGUCCGCUGUUCGACUGUCUCUUCCCCUGUUUGCCGGAGAAGAUCCUCAAACCCCUCAGAUUUGGGGUCAACCACAAAGGGAAAUACGACUUAUCAAUGCCUAAGUCAGAGGGUCCUCUUGAAGAUCCACCAGGUCGGCAUCGACCAGAUGUUUUCUCAGUUCCAGGAGAUGAAUGCACGGAUAACAACCUGCGCUUCCAGGAUGACCAGCACUCGCUACAUAGCGACACAGCUGUGUAGCACACACACAAUUGUCCAUCACCGACAUUUACAACCUGCAUAAUAAAUACCAAGUCACUCAUACUUAACUUGGACAAACAGGCAACGUCCAAUGAGGAUCCUUGUUUAUUCUUUCUGACAGAAUAAAUGGUGCAAGGUCAUAGUAAUUGGUGAUCACCUCAAAGCCUUCAGUAACGAGGGAAUGUAAUUCGAGAGAAGGUUUUCCAAUACCGUGUCUGCUUUUGGUUUAAAGGAUUUGGAUGCUUUAUAUACAGUGUUAACCGCAAGAAGCUGACGUCAACUUAUUUUUCUGACUUCAUUUUCCUCAACUCAUUUGUCAUGUAUGCAGCAGAAUAAACUUCUUUAAUGAUAAUAAUAAUAUGGUAACUUAAACAGCAUGUAUGUUAAUAGCGCUUGACAAGAUAAAUCCAGUAUUUUGGUUGUCGUCACACCAUAAAAUCUUGAGAUCUUCAACAGAAGUCCCCUCUAGUGACAGUUAUCCUCUAACUCGUUGUUAGGUAAAUUGUCUGCCUCUGACAAAUGCCUGUGUGCAUGCGUAAGGCGGGAACGUAUCUGCAGGAUCUAACAUACAAGGCAAAACAUCAGCUACGUCCCACCAAAUAAUGGAGGAAUCUAGAGAUGAUUGGUCCAACUCCUUUCAAAUAGUUGAAUUGGUGAUGGAUCGUCCGAAUGUUGUGCCAGGGAUUCCUCUGAUGCUCCCUUCCCCCGAACAUCAUCUUUACACAGACGCAUCCCGCUCAUGGGCUGGGCAACAGUCCAAGGAGAACGACUGGCUCACGAGAAGGACCUUAACAUCAACUGUUAAGAGAUUAGGGCAUUUUUGCACACACUCAGUAGACUGAAACAGUGAUUAAGACAGUUGUGAUAGCUACAUACAACAUAACGGUGGUAGAAUAUAUUCAAGGGGGAACGAGUUCAGAGAAUGUUAUGAAGGAGGCUAUAAUGGGAGGGGAUUUCUGUAUACGCAUUUCCACAAUAUCACUCCUAGACAGAGUUCAGAGGAAGUUGGAUGCCAUAGAUUGCGUCAUGAUCCGGAGGUGGCGUCAUUGGAGAUCAUCGACAGAAACUGAAAUGACGUCAUCAGAAGCGAAAGUGACGACACAGGAAUGCCAACAUAACAGUCAUUCAGAGGCAGUUAUCAGAUAUUGUGCAAUUUCUCUAACGUAUCUCACCAUUAGUUGAUUUUAACUACACCAGUGCCAGCUAUCUUAGGAUUACCAGAUGUCAGUACCUACCGACUGGUGAAUUCUGGCAAUGGGAGCUAACAUAUUUCCAAGAAGUAUCAAACUGUAGUAUCAUUAUUAAUUAUUCAAAGAAAACUACCCCUGUGCAUAGUGCGUGUGAGAUAACCAAUGAUGAUUAAUGCUUACUUGAGUCAUCAAUCACUUGACGGUGCGAUAUUCCAGCUCACCCCUUUGCAUAUCAGCAGCAGCUUCACCUAAAUUUGGACAGGUGGUGUCUGUCCAAAUUGACAGCUUAAAAUGUCCCACAUAUGUUAAUUGGAUUAAGAUCUGGACAAGGAAGUGUCUCGAUCCCAUUCUGACUUUCGCAUUCCAAAACAGUCCGUGAGGUCCAGUAUUAUCAUCCCUGAAGACAGGUCCAGUGAUUGCAAAUCUGGGGCAUAUCUGAUGUCAUGCUGAUAUCAAGAUACGUUCUGAUUACCAUGCACAGCGAUCACGUUAAUUUCCAAUUGAAAGAAACACAUCCCCAUACCAUUACAUAACAUUCACGGAGCUCGAUAUUUAAUAUUCAGUUCAAUAUCGGAUACAGGAUCACCCAGGUGGUGAAGUUUUCCUUACCUUGUUUUUUAAGUGACUUUUGUAAUGAUUUCAACACCCCUUCGGUUCAGCAAAGUGUAUCCACCUGGCGAGUAGAUGUCGGUAAUCAUGUCACUUAAGGUAACACUCUGUGCUACGCUUGAUCCCGUAGACAACGUAGUCUGAACCAUCUGAUUUCCGCCAAAAUAAAAUAUCUACACAGAAUCUUGUUUAGUUGAGUUAGUGGGGCCAAUUUCUCAGCCUUUCUUGUGUCUUUUAGGGAAUACAAUUUAGAAAAUAUAUUUGGGAACUAAAUUAAUGCUCAAUUUGUUGCUUGGAUUCGGGUGGUCAAAAAGUCGUCAAACAGCAAGUCACCCAGCACAGACGCUGUAAACCCGGACUUCAUAUUGUUGAUCUCGGCGCCCGAGAAACAGUUUCUGGCAACACUCGCAAUAUGAAUCUUAAAACUUCAAUCAGGCCAUUUGUAAUUUUAACAACAAAGAUAUUAAAUGUGUUCAGAGGUUGAGGGGGGGGGGGGGGGGAAUCAAACGUAAACCACUCCCCUUAACCAAAACCAUAAUCAUUUGUGAAAGGAAUAGCUUCGAGUUUCACCUUCAAUAUGCAGGUAAAAUCUGAUCGUGUUCGUUCCCCCGAACUUGUCAGCACAGGUCCACCAUGUCAGUGCGCGUGAGACAACGCAAAAUAAUAUAAAUUAUAAACUGAUGAUUGUUUGUUUCUCAUUUGUAUAGGUCAGUGCCCUUACCGUUUUUGGUGUUUAAUUUAGAGAACGGAAGACCUGUUAUUUCUUGCCAGAAACAUUUCACAAGCUAAUCUAAUCAGUUUUGUUGAAGUCAAAGCAAGCCACCACGUCACCCACUGGACUAUUUGUGGGAACACCUCUCUUGAACUCAACCAGUAGUUCAUGUGGAAUUCAAGUAUACUGUUCAGUUGUGAGUAUGUUAUUGUUCGUGCUAUAACUGUAUUUUUGUCAAUUAUCAGUUUACUUUGUGAUUAUGAUUGCAAUGUUAUGAAA